AUGAUAUCAACAAUCAUAGACAAAGUAAAGGAAUUAAUAAACCAGCAAGCAGAAAACCAAAGAGGCAGGAAUGAACAACUACAACACUUAAUGGACAACCGCUUCAGUCAACUAGAACAAAUAAAUUGGAGUAAUACGACAAGGCAAUCCAGAGACAACCUACCACCAGAUGAAGGCCAAGCAUCCAACGCAUCACCAAUCACAGUGUGCUCAGCAAUGGAAGCAAGAGAAGAACUUCCUCAAGGUAAUUAUCCAUUUACACCAACCCUUAACCACAUACUAGCAAACAUGGUCCAAAUGUCAGAAGUGAUAUCAACAUCGAAUGUAAAUGAAAAUGAAAAAAGCCGGUUUCAUGCAGACAAAUCAUCAAUAAUCAAAAAAGGAU